AUGGCAGAGGUGACAGGGGAGGGGGUGGAGGAGGUCGGGCCCCAGCAACAGCAGCUCAUGGAAAGCGCCGCCUUCUGGAACUCUGAUGUGUGGUACCUCUGCUGCGUGGCCUCUGACCUCGGCCUGGAGCGUGGAUUCCUCAGGAGACACAGAGCCACCUUCUCCCGCUGUGAUCACCCCGCUCUCUUCCUCCUUCUGUCACUGCCAAUCCUCCUCCUGAGAACCAAGGAAGACCCGAGCGUUCCUCACAUCUUCCCCUUCUGGGAUGGUGCCGGAAUUCAGGGGGAGAAGACAUUUUCCUGUCCUGAGUGCGGGGAAAGUUUUACCUCUGAAUUAAGUUUUUCUGAACAUGAGAGAUCUCACAAAAGAGAGAAGCUUCAUUCCUGCCCUGAGUGCGGGAAAUGUGUUUCACACAAGUCUUGCCGUGCUAGACAUAAGAAAUCUCACACAAGCGAGAAUUUAUAUUCCUGCCCCAAGUGCGGAAUAUCUUUUUCCCAGGAAUCAGACCUUGUUCUACACCGAAAAUCCCACAUAGAGGACAAACGCUAUUCCUGUCCGGAGUGUAAAAAAUGUUUUUUACAGGAAUCAGAGCUUGUUACACAUCAAAAAUCUCACACAAGCGAAAAGCCGCAUCGCUGCCCUGAGUGCGGGAGAAGUUUUUCACAGAAAACAGAACUUGUAAUACAUCAGAAGUCUCACACAGUGGACAAGCCCUAUUCCUGCACCCAGUGUGGGAAAGGUUUUUUGCAGAAGUCAUGUCUCACCAGACAUCAGAGAUUGCACACGGGCGAAAAAGUGUAUUCCUGUCCCGAGUGUGGGAAAUGUUUUCCAUGUAAAUCAGACCUUAUUCUACAUCAAAGAUCUCACACGGGAGAGAAGCCAUAUUCCUGUCCACAGUGCGGAAAAUGGUUUUCACGGAAGUCCCAUCUUUACACACAUCAAAGGUCUCACACCGGUGAGAGGCCAUAUUCCUGUGGUGUGUGCGGGAAAAGUUUUGUGCAGAAGUCCAAUCUCACUCAACAUCAGCAACGCCACACGCGGAAAAAGCGGUUUCCCUGCCCCGAGUGCGAAGAAAGCUUCACGCUGGAGUUAGAACUUUUCUCACAUCAGCGGUCGCACACAGAGGAGAAGCCGUAUCCUUGCCUCAAGUGCGGGAAAUGUUAUACACAGAAAUCAGACCUUGUUAUACAUCAGAGAUCUCACAGAGGGCAGACGUGA